UAUAAACCUGUUGAGAUAAUAAUAUCGCAGCACAUUGCUUCAAAAGCUACAGUAGUGAAAUCACGAAAGCCAUGGCGAAUCCAAAAAUCUAUUGUGCAAAUGAUAAAAUGCACAAGAUUAGAAUAUCUUUUCUAAUCGAAGAAUUUGAGGAUGUAAUGGAAAACAUACGUGGAAAGUGUAUGGACAUCGGUUGUGGUCCUGGAGAUAUAACAAAGGAAAUUCUAUUACCGGCUAUUGACUCAAAUGCACAAAUAAUUGGUACGGAUAUUUUGGAGAGCAUGAUCAAAUAUGCGAAUGAAACAUUCAGUGACGAAAAACGGUUGCAAUACGAGGUAUUGGAUAUUGUAAUCAAAAAUUUGCCUAAGAAAUAUAUUUCUGAAUUUGAUCAUGUAUUUUCAUUUCACACUUUGCAAUUGUGCAGCGAUAUUCGACAAGCCUUCGAGAAUAUUUAUCAGAUGCUACGACCUAAUGGAACUAUGCUUUUGUCUAUAGUAGUAAGUCAAGAUAUAUUUGAAGUUCUCAAACUUUUAACGCAGGACACCCGCUUUGCACAAUAUAUGCCGGAUAUGAUAAAAAAUAAUAUGAUUUUGCCAUAUCAAGAGUUAAAAAAUGCUCGUAAAGAAAUAAAAGAAUUACUUCAAAGUGUUGGAUUUAAAGUUCACCAUUGUAGUCUUCGAGACUCGUGUUAUUCCGAUGGACAACCACAACAACGACAACUUUUGAGUAAGUUAUUUUAG